AUACAAUGUACACCAGGAACUACUAGGAAAACAACAGAGAAGGACACGGGAGGAAGAAAGCCAAUCAUCAUUAUUAUCAUCCGGUGAAAAGGACAACAUUAAGCCAUUUGUCUCGCUGUUCGUCGUUUUUUUUGCAUGGCUCGGUUGCCUGGCACCCUCGGAUCACAUGUUCUGAAUCGUUCCGCUCUUUAGGGGGUUUAGGAUUCGGUAUUCGGUAACUCCUGACCCUCCAGCAGCCAGCGACCUGAGGUUCCUCUUUGUAGAGAGAGCUUACCCCUUCCUCCGUCCAGAUGAACCUCCUACAGAACAGGACCAUGCACCCUCAGCUCCGCGACGAGGAGGCCCUGGUCAUUGAAAACGCAAUUAGGCUCGCGAUCGACUCCAUCAUCAACGUGCUAUACAGCGUGAACGGCGCGCGCACGCGGGAGUACGAGCGGAUGCUGGGGGUCCGAGACAAGGAGAUCAGACGGCUGUCCGGCCGGGAGAAGGACUUCGAACGGGAGCUGCAACUCCUGCGUCGACAGGGCUGCUCCUGUGGGCUGUACGACGCCACCGAUGACCACUGCGGCUCGGGGUUCCCCGACCCGCUCCUCCAGAACCCGGACUGCGGGGACCCCAGUGGUGAUCCCAGGCCCGGGUGCGGUGACCUCCAUGACCCCAGGCCCGGGUUCGGUGACCCCAGGCCCGCGUGCGACGAUGCCGGGGAUGAGAUGGCAGCAGCACACGGGCAGUGCGAGAUGACGUUCUCCCUGGGUCUCUUCGACGCCUCGCCGUCCCAGGUCUCUGCCCAGAGCCAGGACUUGGGGGCCGCCCCUCCGCCCGCGAUCAGGCCCUCCUUUCAGCCGACCCCGGUCCAGCCCCCCCCCGAGGCCGUCGACCCGCUGGACGAGGCGGCGGCGCUGUCCAACGGCCCCGUGAUAAAGGAGGAGCCCUCGGACAUGGACGCCAUCUGUGAGAGCACUGACCUCCACGGGAUCCUGGGCCAGGGGGAGAUGGUGGGGGACUUCAGAGGAAGCCUUUACCCAGGGCCUGAGCGACUGGGACUGGGUGGCUCGGAGCAGCACAUGAUGAGGCGACGAAACCCACCACGAUCCGCGACGACACCGGACACACCGAGAGCGAGACGGAUGACAGACGGACGUCCUCCUCCCAGGAUUGGUGACGUGUCCGAGACGGCGGAGGACAUGACACCCGCCGUGUUGGCAGCGUUGCCGUCCCUCCCGGAGAAGAAGCUGCAGACCCUUCUGAACAAGCUGUUAGAUAUAGGAGUUGAGUCUGAAGAGGACCUGCGCUUUGUCCGAAUGGUGGAUCUGCACGACAUCCUCACCCCUUUGCAGUGUCGCAAGCUGCUCCGAACCUGGCGUGUUGAAGAUGAGUAUGUGGCCAUCACUGCUGCCGACCAGACCAACGAGGAGUUCCACCCCUCCAGCCCCUCGGUCACGGCCAGCAGCCCCCCAGGCGGGGGGAGCCCCAACGGGUCCACUCUCGAUCUAAGCUCCUGGCCCGACAACUUUGUGGUUCCUUGGACCAGGAUGCCUGCUUGCAUCACAACCGCCAUUGCGCUCAACGACCGCCCGUCUCCAAAGAGCCGCAGGGAGAUGGUCCGAAUCCUCGUGGACCAAAUGCGGCUGAAGGACUUGAACCCCACCAGGGCCAACUGCGUCGCCGUCGCCAAGAAGAUCGUGCGCGAGUACCCCAACAGCUUCGCCGACGUGCUGAGAGACGGCACGAGAAUCGGCAGCGGCUACGUGUCCCUCGUCACGCAGAUCAAGACCCGAGUCGAGCACGUCAACCGCGGCAACACCCUGGUGAGGCACCGGAGGCCCAGGAGACCCCCCGCGGCGCCGGUGGAGGACGUGGCGGCCCGCGGGCCAGAACCGCCGGCGGAGGAAGCGGCGGUCCGCGCGCAAGAAACGGACGCGCUGCUCAGGAGGAAACAGCGGGAGAUGAAGGAGCUGUUUGGCGCCGAGGGCCCGGCCGCGGCGCGGCGGGGGCAAAUCGGGCCCCUCAUGGAGGCGACGUACCCUCUCCAACGCCAGGCCGUCGACGCUUGCCCGCCCCCGUCCGUCGUGGACCUGAAGGCGGACUGGCCCUACCUGUUCACGCCCAUAGGACUGUACAAACACUUCCAGCUGCUCACCGGCGUCGCUAUCCUGGAGAAGAUGGAGCAGGCGGUGGCUGAGAAGGGGAAGCUGAUCAUUAGUUUCUUCCAGAAUAAGCCGGACGGCGCGGACACGGUCCGGAUACAGGACAUCCUGAGGAGGUUCGAGAGCAGCGAGGAGUCGGCUUUCGGCCCGUGUGCCAUCCUGCUCCUCAUGGCGUACUUGGACGAGGAGGUGGAGGGACUCAUUCUUGAGGCUGAUGUCUUGGCAACGGCGGAGGAGGUGGAACAGGCCUUGAGGCUCCCAGACUCCCCACGGCUCAUCGUGUUAGGUGACAUGCUGACGUCGCGGAAGUGGAUGCUGAGCAUGGAGGGCAAGGUGGUGGUGUCGCCCCACCCAGGCUUCGUGGCCGGGCUGGCGGCCUUGUUGACGGCGUACUAUGCCUUUAACCUAGUGUUCCAGGAGGGGGCGUCGUGCACGCUCGAGUUCAUCCAGAGAUGUUUCCUUGGACUGAACCCCACCCAUGGGACCAAGGUUCCCUCCAGAAAGAAAAAAAAGGAUGUGCAUGUGUCCGCCUUGCUGAGACGCCUGAGGGACUUUGACUGGCUGUUUAUGUGAUUCGUUCACUGUUCAUUUCUUUAUGUUGUGCCCCCCACGGCCAGAUUAGAAAACAAAAGGAAAAUGUUCCUCUUGUUAAAAACACAGACAGACGCACUGCUGUUGCGUGCAGUAGCGUUUCCUGGCCGAGCUCACCAGGGAGGGAAACAUGAUUUUAUGUGUAAUUGUAAUGUUUAAAAUACAUGAACAACAAGUUUGCCUUUGACGCAUGUGAGUAAUACUGCCUUAAUAAAUGCCUUGCCCAAUAGAACCUCUGUUUUAUGGUUUGUGAGAUUAUCCUAAUUGGUUUUGUUGUGUGUCUGUUUGCAGAAUUGUGUGUAUAUCAUAGUAACAAACUGUUAACAGCAUCCAGUAAAAUAAUGUUUGCAUC